AUGGACUUUGAACAAAGAGAGGAUGUGGAUGGUGUGAGAAUUUCUUGGAACCAAAUCCCAAGAUCUCAAUUACAACACCAAAGAAAUGUUGUUCCAUUGGGCGUGCUCUAUACUCCCAUGUACAAUAGACAGGAGUGCCCAAAGGUAGAACAGCCUCAAUUGAUGGCGACUUGUAGACAAUGUCAAGCAUUUAUUAAUCCUUACUGUAGGUCAGGUGAUGGAAUGUGGUCGUGUGUAUUCUGUGGAUUCAUGAAUAGGCUUGUAGAUCCUCAGUCGCUGAACCUGGUGUUGGGCCAUCCUGGCCUUGAUCACACUACUAUUGAAUACUCCACAGGUAGGUUCUCGAAAGUGCCUCCUGUGUAUCUUUUGGUAGUAGAUACGUGUUUUGAGGGUGAAGAAGAUAUCGAAGGAGCUUUCCAGGCCCUCAAAGACUCGAUAAACGAUGCUAUUGCUCAAUUACCAUCUGAUUCUUUGAUUGGUUUGAUUACCUAUGGACAAAAUGUUCAGAUCCAUGAAAUAUCGUCAGCUGCUUCCGGAUUGCAACGUCAAUGGACCUUUUCCGGAUCUAAAAAGUACACGCUAGAAGAUAUCCAAAAGAACCUUGGGAUAUUAGACCUGGACUUGAAGUCCAAUGGCUUUGACUCGUCCAAGAACGUAGUUAAAAGUGUAAUUGGUCACAUUGGUCAGAAAUUCCUUGUACCUAUCGAAAAUAUAGAAUAUGAAUUGAAUCAGAUUAUUGCUAAUGUCUCUCGUAAUGUGUUCCCGCAUUCUCAGAGUAAUCAAAGAAUGAACCGUUGUAAUGGAUCUGCGAUAAAUAUAGCUUCAUUAUUAUUAAAGGCCAUCAUUGGAUCGACGAAUACCUUGGGAGGUCACAUAUACAUGUUCAUCGGUGGAAUAUGUACAUAUGGGCCAGGGCAAAUAGUUGGCCAGAGUCUUAAGGAGCCUAUCAGAUCACACCACGAUAUCGAAAGGCAAAACCAGACGUUGGUUUCGCUUAAGACUUAUUCUACUGUCGAGGCAAGAAAGUUUUAUGGCGAAAUAACUGAGAGAUUAGUAUCCAUGGGGAUAAGUUGUUCACUCUUAAUAGGUAGUUAUGAUCAAGUUGGUCUCUUUGAGAUGGAGUCUCUUGUGCACAAGACUGGUGGAGAUUUGAUAAUGUGUGAUCUGUUUGAUACAACUAUUUUCAAACAGUCGUUAGUCAAAUUGCAAAGCCAGCAGUUGUGCCUUAAUGGUACACUAGAAGUUAGAACUUCACAGGAUUUGGCCGUACAGGGGCUAUUGGGAAAUGCUUCAAGAAUUGAGUCCUCCAAGAAGGGUAAUAAAUAUGUGGAAGAGAGUAUAUCGAAGUUGGGAAUAGGAGAAAGUGACACCAACUGUUGGAAAUGUUGUAAUGUUGGUCCCAGAUCAACUUACGCAUUAUACUUUGAAAAGAAAGACUCUAAAGUCGUUGGUGUUAAUAGUAUUGUGCAGUUUAUAUUCCAUUACCAACCUUCAGCCAACCAAGAAAUAGAAGAGGAUGAAGGUGCACAUGGAGGCGCCCAAUCUUUCAAGUUGAGAGUUACAACUAUAGCAAUUCCUGUUAUCCAAGAUAACGAUUAUCCCAACUUGGAGUAUGGAUUCGAUCAAGAGACAGCUUUGGUUUUAAUCGCUAGAGAAAUUGUAUUCAAAUUGCAGGCACAAGAAUCGAGAGAUAUUAGAAAGAGCAAUGGCAGUGGGUCCGCUUCAGCGGUAACUGCUGCGACUGCCGCUGCAGCUACAAAAGUUGGACUUGGUGAAGAUAUUGUUGCACUUCUUGAUAAAAAACUCAUCGAUUUCUGUGUAAGAUUUGCAGGUUAUACCAAAAACUCGAUGGAAUCGUUUUCCCUUUCGAGAACCUACUCAAUGUUACCCCAAUUCUUGUAUCAUUUAAGAAGAUCCCAAUUGGUUAGAGUUUUCAACAAUUCUCCUGAUGAAACAAGUUACGUGAGGCACUUAUUCUUACAUGAAGACCUCACCAAUUCGCUCACAAUGAUACAGCCAACAUUAUUAUCAUAUGAUGUGGAUAACUAUACAGGAGAACCCGAGCCAGUCUUAUUGGAUUCUAUUUCAUUGGGCUCAAACAAGAUUUUACUUUUGGAUACAUUUUUACAUGUAUUGAUCUUCCACGGAUCGAAAGUGGCUCAAUGGAGAAAGGCGAAAUACCACGAGCAGGAAGGCUAUGAAUAUUUCAAAGAAUUUCUCGAGGCACCUAAGAAGGAAGCUAUGGAGAUCUUAAUCGACAGAUUCCCAUUGCCCAGAUUCAUAGAUUGUGAUGAAGGUGGAUCUCAGGCAAGAUUUCUCAUGGCCAAAUUAAAUCCUUCUACAAGCUACGCCUCGAAUCCAAACCGUUCUUAUAACAGCCAAACCGAUGUGUUAACUGAUGAUACCAGUUUACAGCUGUUUAUGGAACACGUACAGAAGAUUGUGGUAACGAAGUAG